CCUUUAAGACUAUACAUAAAUGGCCAUCCUUGAGUUAGUAUCUGUGUGUUGUACUAUUCUAUUUCUCAUGACAUAUAUACACUCUGACCUAUAUUGUUGCUUUCUAGCCUAAUACACAAUAGUAAUUAUUUUUCAACAAUCAUGGAAACAAUGACAUAGGAUCGAUAUUAGUGAAGUAUUAACAGCUUGAGUUUGGUUACUGGUUUGGUAGGAAAUCCGGAGUCUUGGAUCUGCUAACGCACAUUAGUUUGUGGCUUCUCACAUGACCCAGUUUGUGUCUCUUGAUUAGAGUCUAAUGGUCUAUGACCUUUUCAAUGAGCCUCCACAUCUAAAGGCCAUAUAAUAACCAUGAGAAUUCAGUCCAACCAGAUGAGCUGGGUAUGUCAUACAUGGACAUUGUAAGUGAUGUACAGUAUUACAUCGGUUUUGUUUUUAAAAAUGGCCAAAGGGUGAAACAUUGGCAUGUGCACACACGCUUACCCUCAGUGCAUUAAGAUAUUUUGUUGAACAUUCCUUCCCUCAAAUGCCUAGUCAUAGGUGCCUUUUGGCCUAGAAUGAAUCAUCCACACUACUGCCUUACAGAAUGAUAACCCCUAGUCAGACUUUGACUUGUGUGAUACUGUUGUGAAACUCCCAGUUCCCCUUGAACAGUUUUAUUUAUGAUAAUUUUCUUUGAAAUUCUGGAAUGAGUCACAUUUUACUGUGUAAGUUGUCAAUGUUUAACAUAAUGGUUGAGAUAUCUCUAAAGACCACUGUCUAAGGAAUUAUUAAUAUAAUGUUACAUUACAACAAGGAGCACAGGGACACCAUGCUUUCAAAGGCACUUCCCAACAUGUAGGUAAACGUACAACAUGUUUAAACUCUGAACAAGUAAAGGCAACAAUAUCUGGCACGUAAUUACAUUACACAUUGACAUUCUGUUUGCCUCAUGAACAAGGUCACAGUGGUUGAAUCUGUACAACUACUGGACCUCUCGCUGUAUGUCCCCAGUGUAGGAAUGUGGGUGUCCACACGGAGGUUUCAGUAUUCUGCAUGCAGAGGGAAGUCUUUGUGCUUGUUGCCCCUGCAGUGAGGAGGAGGGUACAUCAAGGGAAGAACAGGAGGCGACCCCAGGUAUAUACCACCAUGAGUUUUGACAGCCUUCCAACUAUCCCAGAGAGUCAACGCAACCACAUUCAGGAGCUGAGCCUGGGAUCGAACCUACAACCCCGUACAUCAGAGGCUGGGUUUACUUUGGGAAACGUUGUUGGGAUGUACCUCGCUCAAAACUACGAGGUCCCCAACAUAUCCAAAAAGAUCGAAGCCUUCAAGAAGGAUGUGGCGGCAAAGAAGAAACCUCCGGCAGAUUAAAGAAGAGAUUGUUUCUUUCGAUCCAUGUUGAUCAGAGGCAGAUUGAAGAGAUGGGGACUAUUGGAACAACAAAAUGCACACACCGCAAAGGAGAUAUCUUUUUUCAUCUAAUUUAAUCCAAGGUUACAUGGGCAGAGGAAUACAUUGUAAAAAUGAUUCUCUAAUCAGGGUUUUUACAGUGCCUGGACUGGUCCAGUGUUAUUUUUUUUGUUUGUAUUCUUAAAGUGCUUAGGUAAAUUUAAGAUAACAUUAUGAGGGUUCUAUUUAUGAGUGGAUAUGCGAAGAUGACUAACUGCUGUGGGAUCUAAUAAACUUCAGAAACCUUGGCCUUAUCCUCGCAAGCAGCUGGGCAGGGCAGGCCUUUGGGUGGGGUACUGGCAAUUGCAUUUAUAUCAAGUCUAAACAUGGCAUUUUUACAAUAUACGCUUGUCAUUUUUGCCAACUAAACAGUGCAGUUACUGCUUUUGAGUGAUGUUAUCUAGAAUUAAACUGGGAGGCCUGUUCUAUGGA